AUGAUAAAAAUUAUCUUUGAUAAUAAUUUAGAACGUACAAUAGAAAAUUUAUCAUCAAUACUCAAUGAAUCAGAUUCAAAUAUAAUCUCAAAACGUUUUCAUUCAUUAAUUUAUUCAUGGUUUAUUGAUGUUUCAUUUAAUAUUUCCAAUGAUAUUUUUUCUACAAUAGUUGAAUUAAUGAAUAAAUAUCCUGAAGAAUUUUUUCUUCAUUGUUUCAUACCAUGGCUUAAUAAUAAUAGUAAUAUUACAACAGAUAAUAGAAAUUUAUUUCUUUCAAAUCUUUUUACUCAAUUAACAAAUUUAUCUGAUCGUUGUAAAUUAUGUACGUAUUUAUGUCAAAAUAGCACAUGUCCAUUUAAUGAUAAUGAAUUAUGUAUAAUAAGUAAAUGGUUUGAUAGUAAAGAAUUUUAUUUUUCAAAUGAUUUAUUAAAUAUUUUACCUGAAAAAAUUGCAAUAUCAUCAAAAAUUUAUUCAGAUAAUUUAUCAUUUUCUAAAGUUCUACAUAAAAUUUUAAUUAAAUGUAUAGAAAAUAAUCAUAUGCUAACUAAUGAACAACAUUUAAUAUUUAAACAAGCUAUAACAAUAAAUACAACCAUACUUAGUGAUAUUCUUAUGGAUUUACUUGAUUGA